CUUAUUUUGUUCGUUGACGUUCGGCCCCUAAAACCCUUGCUUCCUCUUCAACCAUCGGAGAGCGCAAGAUCCUUAAAAUGGCGUCGUUUUGCAGGAACCCUAGGCUUCUGGCUCGCAAAGGCAUCGCCUCCGCCGCAUUCUGCACCCAUAAUGCACCGCCGUUCCCCUCUUUUCGCGCUGCCAAAGCCGCCAUUGUCUCCGAAUCAGACCCUGAAAAGCUCGCCCAGCUCUUCGAGCAGUCUGCUCACUUCCCUAACUUCUGCCGCCACCGUCCUAUCUUCCACCUCUCCGUCCGCAGGCUCGCUCGCGCUGGACGCUCUGACCUCGUCAACCGGGUCAUCCAGACUCAGAUAGAUACUCCCACAUUUGCCAAGUCUGAAGGUUUUUGGAUUCGCCUCAUGAUGCUCUACUCCAGCGCCGGCAUGGUCGAACAAUCUUUGCAGACCCUCCAUUAUAUAUCCGAGAAGCGGUACUUUGAUUUCACUGAGAAAUCUCUAUGUGCAAUUCUUACUGUUUACUUGAAUAACGGGAUGUUUGAGAGAGUUCACGAACUGUUUGAUAAUAUGCCUAAGAAACUCGGAGUUACACCCGGUGUUGUCUCUUAUAACCUGGUUUUGAAAACUUUGGUUAAAGAAAAUAGAAUUGAAUCUGCCAGAGAAUGGAUUGAGAAGAUGGAGAAUGAUGUCAAUAUUAAACCUUGUAUUCAAUCAUACAAUAUAUUGCUAGGGGCUUAUAUAAAGGAGGGGGCCCGGAGUGGUUUUGAUGGGCUUGUGAAGGAACUUCUGAAGAAGGGAUUGGAGUGUAAUUCGACUACCUAUAACCUUAGGAUUUCAAGGUUUUGUAAGGAUAAGGAGUGUGUUCGGGCCAGGAAGAUGUUGGAGGAGAUGAUUUCCAAAGAUGUGAAGCCGAAUUCUGCUAGCUAUAACUCUGUCAUUGAUGGGUUUUGUAGAGCAGGGGAUUUUGAAUCAGCUAAGAAGGUCUUAGAGAGAAUGCUGGCCGAUGGGUAUGUUUUACCUAGUUCGUUUACUUACUAUACUCUGAUGCGGAGCAUGGUUAAGGAAGGAGAAUUUGAUUCAGCAUUGGAUGUGUGUAAGGAAAUCAUUAAAAGGAAAUGGAUUCCACCAUUUGAGGCAAUGGAAGGUCUGGUUAAUGGGUUAGUGAAGAUGUCAAGAUCAGCAGAGGCAAAAGAGAUAAUUGAGAAGAUGAAAAAGAGACUUAGGGGCACUGCAGUUGAGUCAUGGGAAAAAAUUGAAGCCGCAGUUCCAUUAUAGACUUCCGAAAUCCGAAUAGUUGAUGCAAAGAGCUGCAACUGCAAGAAUAACACAGUGAUCGGGUAGGUUUAAUUCAUUUGAACUGACUGGUAAAGUCUUGAACCUGCUGCUUUGUUUGUUAUAUUGUGUGAUGUUAUGUUUUUCUUCUGGUGACAAAUGCAAAAUGCAGUUGAUUCCUUCUUUACUGCAUGCCUUUACAAAUUUCAUAUUUGAUUCUUGGCCUCGCCAAAUUGGAAUUCGUGUGAGUAAAUCUUGCCAGAGAAUGGUGAGUAAAUCAUUAAAUCUAA